GAUUUGAUCUGUGCUAGGGGAAGAUUGUAAGAAACUGCUUCUCUUGGCGCAGCAGUUUCAAAACACGUUUUAGUAUCGCGAAGCGACGGAAAGUAUUAGUGUUCUCGAAAUUUAGAAUAAUAAUAGCAAUUGUUUAAUAUUAACGUGGUAUAAAUUUUGUAAUAUGAGUAACUUCCACUCUCCUAUGAAAUGUAUAUCUUCCAACGCGAGAGUUUUAACGCCCAAGCCACAAGUGCAGCAGUUACUGGAUAUAAGACAAACACAGAGCAAAGCUCGCAACAGUAUUAUGUGGUUUUUUGUCAAUAGCGUGCUACUUAGCAUCAUAGUCUUUGAUAUAUUUUACGGUGGAUUCGCAUACAAACCAGUUUACUGGGUUGAGUGGUGUUUAGCAUCGAUAUUUGCUUUGAACGCUCUAUACCACAUUAUACAAUAUACUUGGGCUACCCUGAGCUUGAAGCCGAUCGCACUUAGUUCCAAACAAAGGCCACUUUUAGGAAUCUCGGAAGAUGAUCCUUUGUUCAAGGACGAGGUGCCUCAGAAACAGACGACUCCGGAGCCAAGUCCUUCGUUGAAUUUGUCCUGCAUAAAUCUUAGUAGACGUUCAACAACUCUUGGAUCUUCGGUAUUGAGUGACAUUAAGGAUUAUUCUGCAUCAGUCCCCUUUUUUAAAUAUAGUAAUUUCACAUCUUCUAAAACGACUGUGAGCUCCAAUGGAUCACUGAGCAGAUCUAUGAAUGUUUCUUUAAAUGGUAGUUUGACAAAUGAAGAUCUUAUUCAGGAUGAAUGCGAACUUGAGAAUUAUCUUAAAGAGGUUGAACAGCAAAGGAAAUGUGUAUUGUCUACAAAUGUCGAUCAACCCUCUAAUCUCUUAAGUUCUUUCUGGUCUCAUCCUGCUACUCGAAGUCCUGGUGAGGUGUCACCACUAUUAAGAAGAUGCGCUUAUCAGCUUGCACCUACCAUGGAUAAAACAAAAGCGACCAGCCCUGCUGAGGAAGGAAGUUCUCCUAGAGGCACAUUUGGUGCAUUAGAUGUAUGGAGAAAGUACAGAAUUGAUUCCAACAAAGUUAAUGAAUGGACUGCCAAUCUCCGGAUGUGGAUCAGCAAGACAGUUGUCGAACGUGUGGCUUUGGAAAUAGACAAUAUAUGUGCUACAUUAGUACGACAUGGCUUGAGCGACUCGCAGCCAGGCCAUGUAGGACUGGAUAGACUCAGGAAACUCGCACAAGCCCAAUUUCUGGUAUGUGUGAUUCCUACUCUGCCUACGUUGGUUCCCUUUCUGGAACUCUGUAACAAUCAGGAGUAUCUCGUAAAGAGAAUAAAGACACUUGCAAAAGGAGGAUCCAUGAGUGAAUUUAAAUGGAAUGGUGGUGGGUCUCACAAUGGUAAAGAGUGGGACUCUAGCUUGCCAACGGAUUCCGCAAUAAUAAUGCAUUUAAUUUCGACCUACAUGGACACACAGUUAGAAGCGCCUUUGGAUCAACCGGACGCCAGACCGUUUACAUCGAGAUAUAUGGCGAGAUCUGGCAUGGAAUUGCCGCGAAACAAAGGCCCGAUAAUAGUUUGUCAAUCCAUAAAUCCACCACACUACAGUCUAGCUUUGUCUGGCGAUUCUUUGCCGAGCGAUUACGAGGAAGUGCAACGGGGACGUAACAAUUUGUUCCAUACGCUUUUGCUCUUCUUGUACAUAGUUAAGACUCGAGAUCAUGGCAUGUUAGGACGAGUUAAUGCAGGAUCAUCUGGAAUCAAUAUAUUGUGGGUGAUAGACGGUUGAAACAAAACUGAUUUUCUUAGGUGCUGCCUAAUGAAAAUGAAAAAACAAAGAUUAUAAGCAUUAUACAAUGGAUUCAAAUUUGAAUUCACAAGACUGUAAUUAACUUUUUUUCUACAUUUUGUAUUAUUUGUAGUGUUGAUUUAAUAAAUGCGACUGAAUAAAACUAAAAUGUUUAAUCUAGGAAGGUUGGUUACACUGAAUACUUGAAUACUAUUUCUCGUGACGGCUAUAUUGAAAAAUAAUAUGAAUUAUGAUUUAUAAAAGUUUUAUCAGUGUGAUUUUUCACUUAACAAAAAUCAACCUGUGUAUCUUACUAAAAUUUUUUCAAGAUUGUCUCGUCAAUUAAACAUGGAUAACAGCUCAAAAGAAAAUUUGUAUGUAUAUAUUUAUGUGUGUGUGUGUGUAUAUGUGUGUGUGUGUAUAUGUGUGUGUGUGUGUGUGUAUUUGUGUGUGUGUGUAUGUGUAUAUAUAUAUAUAUAUAUAUAUAUAUAUAUAUAUAAUGUUCCAUUUUUUCAAACUGAAGAAUGUAUAUAGCUAUGUAGAAUUAUAAAUUCUAUAUAAAUACGUAUACUGCAUUUGAAAUAUUUCGUUAGUUACAAUUAUUACAAGAUCAAUUUAUCCAUGCACAGAGAUUUCCAUUUCGACCCUUGUUAUAUAUCUGACAAGAAACAUAUAUAUAUAUAAAAAAAAUAUUGUAUUCAUUGAAUUUCUCUUUCUCAUUGCUACAUUAUUGAAACAUAUUCGAUGUGAUAAAUUAAGUCGUACUUAAAAGACAUUCUAUAAUUUAUUGUAUUAUUCUUUGGAUGCAUUGUAAAAUUACAAAGAAUUCUUUCAGCUCAAACCAAUAUGUACAAUAAAAGCAUAUCGAUACAA